AUGGCGGCGAGGUACGUGCGGCCUGGUGUUGCGAAGGUGAUGCUGGAUCUGGGCGCGAAUCGUGAGGUGGCGGAUGAGCGUGGAAGAACGGCGUUGGAUCUGACGCAGGAGAUUCUGAAGGCGAAGCCGAAGGGAAAUCCGUUUCAAUCGGGCGCAAGAUUCGGCUUGAGGGAGUGGUUAUGGUUUUGGAAGGGGUUGUGUUCUACCAGACAUGGCUUGGAAUUGUGCGCGAAGCUGCUGGCGGAAGCCGAUGCGAACCUAGACCACCGCGACCGCAGCGGUGUUCUCGCUACGCUGCACAUGGCGGCGAGGUACGUGCGGCCUGGUGUUGCGAAGGUGAUGCUGGAUCUGGGCGCGAAUCGUGAGGUGGCGGAUGAGCGUGGAAGAACGGCGUUGGAUCUGACGCAGGAGAUUCUGAAGGCGAAGCCGAAGGGAAAUCCGUUUCAAUCGGGCGCAAGAUUCGGCUUGAGGGAGUGGUUAUGGUUUUGGAAGGGGUUGUGUUCUAGUACGCGGAGGUGGAGGACAUUCUUGAACGGAGAGAGAAGGAAGAGAAUAUGGAGUCACGAAGGUGGAGGAGAUUCGUGA